AUGGCAGCCAAGAUUUCCGUCGGUCAGAUUCCGGCCAUGUUUGCCCGACGACAACAGACGGCAUUCGGUGUCGGCAGACGCCUUCAAUCGACCUCGUCUCAGACCCAGAACCCCGCCUACCCGCUCUACCCCUCGGUCGCCCAGCUCCUCCGUGAGAAGGGCAUCCCCAAGUCCGAUGUUUCCAAGAUCCCCGCCUCUGGACCCAAGGGUCGUCUCCUCAAGGGCGACGUCCUCGCAUACAUUGGCAAGAUCGCCUCCGACUACCCGGCCACUCAAGCCGCCACCCUAGCCAAGCUCACCCACCUCGACCUGAGCAACAUUAAGAUCGCAGCCGCCCAAGCCCCAGCUGCGCCAGCCGCGGUCGAAGAGAAGGUUGUCGCCGCUCCUCCUCCCAUGAUUUCCGUUGCCGUUUCAGUUUCCCUGGCGGCCGUGUUGUCCGCCCAGAAGAAGAUCCAGGACAACCUUGGCGUGACAGUCCCUCUGUCUCGAUUCCUGGCCAUCGCCACCGACAUCGCCAACGAUGACCUUCCCCGCCUGGCUAGCUUCAAGCCCUCUGCCGAUGAGCUCUUCGAGGAGGUCCUCGGCUCCGAGCCCAUCAACACAUCCCGUGGCGCUUACCUGCCCGAGCUGAACGCUUUCGAGGCUCCUCAGACUGUUCGCUCCAAGCCCGUCACUGAGGACCUUAUCGAUUUCCUCAGCGCCAAGUCUUCUAAGAAGUCUGCCCCUGCGGCUUACGUUGAGCCCGCAUCGGGUGCUGCUUCUAAUGUUUUCAGCCUGACCGUCCCUGUUGACGAGCAGGUCCGUGCCAAGGAGUUCUUGGAGCGGAUCAAGAUGCUUCUUUCUGUCGAGCCGGCACGAUUGGUUCUCUAG